AUGGAACAUGGACGUAGUGGCAGAAGUCGCAGCCCGGCCGGCGCGCGUUUUGGUAUAAGGCGGCAUGGUGACACAAAGUCAUCUGGGAACGCCCUGACGACCAUUGCUGAGGAAUCCGAAGGUCAGCAAAAAGCGAGUGAAACUUUCUUUGCCAGUGUCGUAGGGCAGCGAGAGGUAUGUGAAAUUCAUGUGGCUGUGGCAGCCAGGGAUGUCCACUGUAAACGGGGAGUUUGGAUGUUGAAUCAGAGAGUGAAAAAGUCUGCUGAAGUCAAUAUCCGCAAGUUGAAUGAAAGCGAUCAACAAGAGUUUGAACAAGCCAUGAAAAAGGAAUUAGACUCAUUCAUGUCGAAUGAUGCUGUCAGGGUCUGCGAGGCGGCUGGGAUCCCCCGGGAAAGAGUUUUGGGAAUGAGAUGGAUUUACACUUGGAAGCAAGUGGAAGACCCCGAAGGAAAACCCAUUGGCCGAAAGGCCAAGGCCCGGUUGAUCCUAAAGGGGUUUCAGGAUCCUGAUUUGUUGACUGUUGAUCGUCAAGCACCCACUAUGUCCACUUUGGGGAGGAAUGCCAUUUUGUCUCUUGCUGCGAAGAAGCGGUUCAAAGUGUUUUUGGGGGAUAUUAAAACGGCCUAUUUAAACGGAGAUGCUACGGAGUUGGAACGUAGGAUUUAUGCGGAACCCCCAGCAGAUGUCAGACAGAAACUGGACAUGCGUCCCCAUGAAAUCCUCAGGGUGGCUAAAGCGGUGUAUGGAUUAUUACAUGCUCCCAAGAAAUGGUUUGAAAAGUUGAGAUCUGUUUUGUUGGAACAUGGUUGGGUGGCCCAUCAACUGGAUCAGCGUGUUUUUAAACUUGUUGAUCCCCAAAAUCAAGUGGUUUGCGGUUAUUUAGGAGUGCAUGUGGAUGAUGUUGUUUGUACGGGUCAUGGUGUUUAUUUUGAUGACUGUGUUCAAAAACUGUUGAAGAGUUUCCCUUUUGGUAGUUGGAAAUGUGCUCAGGAGGAAACGGUUAAGUUUUGUGGUUGUGAUUUGAAACAAUUGGCUAAUUGUGAUGUUGUGGUGACUCAAGAGCGUUUUGCGUUGGGUAUUGAUGAAAUUCCUUUGGAUUCUCUCAGAAAAGGACAGAAACAGGAUGAUGCUAGCCCUCAAGAGAAACAGAACAUGCGGAGAAUUUUGGGUGCACUGAACUGGAGAGCAGUUCAAUCCGCUCCUUGGCUCUUAGCAACGGUGUCUCAUCUGCAAGGAUGUGUGGAAACGGCUACUGUCAGUGACCUUCUUGAAGUCAAUAAGUUGGUGCGAUGGCAACGGAGAUAUGCAACUCAUGGUUUGACUUUUGUGCAUAAUCCCCAAGAUACCAUGGUUGUAACUUUCACGGAUGCUUCAUGGGCCACUCGACGUGAUGGGAGCUCUCAAGGAGGACAGAUCACUUUGCUAAUGAGUAAGAGUGUCAUGCAUGGGGAAACUAGCCAUUUUUCUGUGUUGUGUUGGGGUAGCCGCCGUCUGCGGCGGGUUGCACGGUCAUCUACUUCCGCUGAGGUCCAAAUGUCAGGUAAUGCUCUGGAUCAACAUGAGUUUUGUAAACUGUUUAUGAUUAUCAUGGAAGAACCCAAUAAGAUUGAUCUUCGUCAGCCAGAUAAUGUUUUGAGGAGCCAAGAAUCUUGUUUAAUCAGCGACUCAAAGAAUGUGUACGACGGCUUGGAGAAAGUGGAGACCUCAGGCCUCCAAAUGGAAGAGCGGCGUACAGCCAUUGAGUUGCUGGGCAUCAAGGAACGUUUGGCUCAGGCCAACAUUCGCUGUCGUUGGGUUAGUGGUGAUCAGGAACUGGCCGAUGGUUUGACCAAACCAUGGCAGGGAGAGCAGCUUGUCAAAGCCUUGCAGAAAACCCGAUGGAGCAUUAUCUUUGACCCUGAGUUUAUCUCAGCGAAGAGGAAGAAACAACUGGGCAAACUCAAACACUUAGAGUGUGGUGAUUUAAACCUGUGGCUUCGAUCUGUGUUUUUACUUGAUGAGUUUUGUCGUGGCCAGAAAGAUUUUUGGGGCUGUGACGUGUCCAGCCUAACAUAG